AUGACGGUAUCCGAAGUGUGGCAGCAUAGAAACAGAGCCCGUGUGGGUGAGUCCGUGGUUUCUCUUAAUAUGCUUCCUCCUAAGGCAUCAGAUGCUCUACGCGAAUUCCAGCAGUUACGUCCCAACCAUAUUGCUAUUCCACGAACAGCCCGUGCGGUAAAAUGGAAGCCUCCCAGUGCAUCGUGUGUGAAGGUGAAUUUCAACGGCGCGUUGUUCUCUCAAGACAGACUAGCCGGCAUCGAUGUAAUAAUCCGUAAUGACCAAGGACUUGUUAUGGCUGCUCUCUCACAACAGAUUCCAUCACCUGCUUCGAUGGAGAUGGUGGAAGUGGUAGCGGCUCGUCGUACUCUAAUGUUUGCUGUGGAACUCGGUUUCAACAAGGUGGAAGUGGAAGGAGACUCUGAAUCAGUUGUCAAUGCUAUUCUUGGUGACUACAUGGACAAUUCGUAUAUGGGUCAUGUCUUGCAGGACAUUAAGUUUAUGUUUUCUAGCUUUUCUUUUAUUUCUAUUAAGCAUACUCACAGAGAAGGAAAUUGUGUUGCCCAUAAACUUGCUAGAAGGGCCGCCAAUAAUCCUUUUUUUGUUUGGAUGGAGUCUAUUUCUUCAAAUAUUCUUGAUGUCUAUCAGCUUGAUAUUUUAAGGAUGCAAUAA